CUAUUAUCUCAUUCACACAUGACACAUUAGUAGGCUGGAUGAUUAGACGCAGAGAUCUAUGUGUAUUUAAACUGAUCUAAUGUAUAUCUGUACCUAACAAGCCCAACACAUUCUACAUAACUGUUCUGAUUGAUAGCUAGGAUAACAAUAAGCCAUCUCAACAAAAAUCAAAACAAGAGACAAGAGAAUGGGCAAGAUUAAAGAAUGUAAAAUCACCAGAGACAGAGACGUUUACAGACCUGGGGAGAAUAUAUCCGGUCAGGUGACAUUGGUCGUGGAAGGUGACGUCAAAGCAAGAAGCGUGAACAUCUUCUGCUGCGGAAUGGCCUUGACCAAAUGGAGAGGAGCAUUUCAAAGAUCUUACGAAUCUGAUAAUUGUAGCAAGGAGAUCUACGUUAACCUGGUCAUACGGAAAGCGGUUCAAAACUUGACUUCUGGUAACCACCAGUAUGUCUACAACUUUAAUCUGCCUUCUCAGGGUCUUCCAUCAUCGUUUGAGGGCCACUACGGUUCUAUUCGCUACUUUCUGAGAGUUGAAGUGGACAAACCUUUUCCCAGCAUCAACAAUCACUUCUACAGUUCUUUCACUGUUUUGGCUCAUCUGGACGCCAAUUUACCUGUUUACAAAAAAGUCGCCAGUGCAAGUGUCAAGAAACAAUUGUCAAAGGUUUUGGGUCUUGGCAAUGCAGGAAACUUAUAUUUGUCAGCGUCCAUUGACAGGAAUGGUUAUUGUCCAGGGGAAGUGAUCCUCAUCAAUAUGGAAGCUAGAAAUGAAAGUUCCAAAGACUGUGGAGCUGUGAAGGCAUCCUUGGUCCAAUACGUGCAUUACAAGGCGUCCAGCUACACGAACCGAGAAACGAACGUCAUUAGAACAUUAUUGGACCAAAAGCUGGAGAAAGGUCAAAAUCGAAUUUGGCACCAGCAGCGUCUUCCAAUAGACCCUGUCCCACCCAGCUUGAAGCAACUGACCUGUCAGAUAAUAAAGGUAACCUACAGUUUAAAUAUUGAGAUCGAAGUUCCACUCGGCAUUGACCUGGCGCUGAGCUUUCCUCUCAAAAUUUGUACUGUACCACUUGGCAAACAUGUGGAAGAGAAACCUGUCCCGGUGAAGCCUGGUGUUCUGGAGAUUCCUGGAUCAAAGUCUGUCAAAUAUGUCCAGUGUACAGCUGGUUAUAAGAUCUUUCUCAAGUCUGAUGGAGACUUUGCAUGUGUCAGAUACAUUCCAAUGACAGCGUUGGCUACAAACUACCAACCAGAACAAACGCCUUUGGGAGCUUGUGCCAUGCCCGCUGAAGACAUGCAAACGGCUAAAUCUCAGCAACAAUUUCAAGGAUUCAAACCUUCGGCUUCGCCAAUGUCUUUUAACGAGCCGCCACCUUCUUAUGAAGAGUCAGUGAAAGCCGAGGCGCUUAUGAGCACGACCUACAGCGUUGCCCCCAACCAGGCAGAAAAAGGCAGCGUGAUGGUCCUACUGUUUGCUACCAUGGAUACUGACCAGGUCAGGAUGGGCUUAAAGAAAAACAAAGCGAGCCUGGAGUUGCAAGGUGGUCAUGUUCUGGCCUUUCAAUCCAACCUCACGCUUCUUCCCGCGGUGCAGACUGGCGCCAUUUUUAUUUAUUUCAAGUCAGCACUAGCUGGUUCCAACUGGUUCUACAACAUGAGAAUGUUUGACCCGGAUAUAACCUCCCGUUUGUGGGUGCUGCAAGGCUAUAACAAAAUUGAAAUGGGAAAGCCAUCAACAACUGCGGGGCACACUGCACUCGCCGUUCUCUUUCUGAAGCGAAUUUCAGAAUUUCAGCCUUCGCCCGCCUACACGGCAGAACAACAGAAACUUCUGAAAGAAGUCUUGAACCCGACAAAAAAGAGAUUUGGCGGGAAAACAGUUCUCUCUUCUAAAGAUCUCGCGAUCAUUUCCGGAGACUGGACAAGUCUAAUGUCGUCUGCUGAUGGAGUCACGAUGGUUGUGACUCAAUGGCCAAGCGUUCAGCACAAUGAGGAUUACAAGGCGCAAUUUAACGUCGACAGUGGAUUAAUUCGUUACAACGAACUCUUUGAAAUGGCCUAUAACAAACUGGCUUCUUUAGUUUUUGAAGUUGGGGAUGUUAGUUAUUUUGUUUAGUAAAGGCAGACAACUCUUUUGUUUCGUGUGUUCACUUUGGAGCGCGAAACAAUAGGAUCAAUCAUUUCUUUACCCGUUCCAAUGUUUAUGUAAACAAAAAUAACUAAUAACAUUUUGAGAGGAUCUAAUUUUUUUUAAAAGUAAAAUGUUGCAGUAUUGUUAAUAGAUAUUAGAAAAUAACAAAUAAUAUUUACUGACACUCCAUUUAUAUUUAUUCUAUUUUUAUACAUCUAUGUAUAUAUAAUUCUCUCCUUCCCCCCACAUACUGAACCCUAAAGAGAAAGUAAAUGAAAGAAAAAAAGAAGGAAAGGAAAGAUCACUCUAAAGAUUUAAAUAAUUUCCGGAUAUUUCCAGGACUUUAUCGUAUAUUUCGCAAUUUCAGUAGAUUUUCAGGCGCUCCUAGUAAAUUGACAAGAGCCCAUGGGAAAUCUGUUAUAAAGUUAUACAAUGGUUUAAUUUAAUAAUUUAUACACCUAAAAUAACGCGGGUUUAAUGAAACUGCGGUCGCAUAAGUGUGAAGCCCACUGCAGUCACCUAAGACCGGCCCUGCAAAAUAGUGGCGUAUGCUACGCCGCCGGUCGACUAGUUGGCAUUAUUAUAAGAAUAAUGUUGUAAGUGCCGUAUAAAUGGUAUACAUUGUAGAUUUACCUUGUUUUAGUAUUUAUUGUAACAAUGCACUGCUUCAUUCCUGGAUCAAAACCAGCAUAAGUGAAUACAAGGAUGAUCUUGGCGUUUCGAUAUACGACGUCUUCUAGUUUUAUUACUGACCUAAGGUGUAAUUCUGUUUGUGUGUACAUGCAUGUUUUAAAUGUAACAAAUAUCUUUACAUUGACAUGUUCUGGGGGUUACAGUUACAGUUGUAUAUGUAUCCUCUUCGGUUGUAUUCUUAAUGUGGACAAUAAGUCUGGUAGGAAUGUAUCUCAAAUAGAAUUAUCAAAGCUGAAAUUACAUUAUUCAGUUUGUCAACGACACUAUUCUUACAGAGACAUUUGAAUAAAAUGAAUUAAAUCGUAUUCGGGAUUCAUCCCCUGGUCACUUCAUCCCCCGGUCACUUCAUCCCCUGAUAUUUUCAUCAUCUGAUAAUUUUAUCUAACAAAUUGUAAUUUUAAAAAGCAUUAAAUGAGCAAUAUUUAA